AAAUAGUAUAUGCAUAAUUAUUAUGCCUGAUAACACUAAGCCAUUACUGAUAUUACCACUGACUCACCGAUACGUGAAAAUUUAAGCAAAUACCAAGGUCGUACACGAAAUUGCGCAUGUCUUGAGUCACGAAAGCCUGCUGGCGAUAUGUAAAUCACAAAUGCAGGAAUACUGAGCCUCUGCCUAUUGUCGGAUAGGUAGAAGAAAAUAAGCAUUACUCGACUAUAAAAGAAAUGUAACUCGCGUCGUCUUCCGCAAGUUCGCUGCUAUUUCGUUGACUGUCGCCCGAGUGUCUUGGUGAUGUCAUAAGUGUGCUCAAAUCUAGAAAACUUAAGGAAAAUUAUUUUUCUGAAAACUUAGAAUUGUUUUUUGACAGCGACUCUAAAUGCGUGUAAAUCUUCUGUUGAUUUUGUUCUUCGCGAGCACUGUCUUAGCGCUAAGUGCUCGAAAUAGGAGAGAUACUAAUGUGACCACAGUACAACCUCCAACCGUUACUACAACUGAAACUAACGAUGGAAGUACGACAACGGAUGUUACUACAGAUACACGGGAUAGAAACUGCAAAAAUAUUUUUCUUCAGCCAAUAAAAAUAAUAGUUAAAUUUAUUAAACCAUUCGUAAUAAUUAUUUACAAUGCUUCAGUGACGUUUUUAAACGCAUUAAAUUCAACGAGCGAUUUUGUACUACGCUCUAUAAUGCAACCGUUUGUAGCAGUGUUAAAGAUAAUAAUUAACGUGACGAAAUGGGUGCUGCAAUUAUUGUUCUGAUUCAAUAUCGUUUAAAGCUGGUAACACUAAAAAUAUUUUCCAAAUUCCGAUGUUACCGACACACUCUCAAAAUCUUUAUCUAUUUAUAAACAUUAAAAUGACCAACGAGUUAUACAUUUCUGAUGAUGCUCUCUCUUAAGAAAGUUAGAGAUAUAAAUAAUUAUCAGUUGACAAGAUUGGACUAUUUAGAAGUCGUGACAAUCACUGGGGAUUACAAGAAACAUUAUCAAGAUUCAGACUAAGAAGGAAGUCCAUCAAUUAAAUACCUAUCAUAUUUUUUGGUAAACAGCGGAAACUUUUUGGUUAACUAUCUUUACCUACUUAAAUUGCCUUAUAUGUAAAUGUAUUUAUAAAAUAAUGUUCAAUAAUUAUCAACAA